CUACUUUCCUAGGAUAGGUGAUUUGAAAGAACCACAAUACAAUACAAUACAGCUCUCACCCAGCCAGCAUCCCACUGACUCUGUCUUCACAAAACAGCCGAUUUCUGCUAUUCCAUCGGAUUUGUUGACCGGUUUUGGGUGAGACAAUCCGCUUGUUGUGAUCACUUCUCUGGACCCAAACUUCCCUUCUUUUCUGAGACGUAAUGGAGCAAGGAAAUAUUGAUUCCCCAACUGAGGUCACCAGUAAACACAUGGGUGUGGUGAUACAUGCCAGCCUUGCUUGCUUGAACAAGAAAAGGAAGCUUAGAGCUGAACAACUGGGCAUGCCUCUGCCAAAGCAUAUGUGUGCUGAUCAAAGCUUUGUUACGAGAUAUAGCUCGUUAGUUAACAACCAAGACAAUGAACUUGAAACCCAGUCUGGAAAAGGGAGCAAUGGUUUUAUUGAAGACAUUGAUUGUGUCAUGUCUGGUGAAGCUAAAGUCGAUGAUCUUGAAUUUCUGAAAGCAUGCCCGUCGUCUAACUGCCCUUCCACUUCAUCGGCUAACUUGGGUAGCAGUUGGUCCAAGGAUGCCUUGUAUUCUUUGGAGAGCAGAUCAAUGACAAAAUCAGAUUCACAUAGAACAGAACGAACGCAUGUCAGUAAAGAAUGUGAUUCUCUGGAUCAGAAUUUUGGAUGGCAUCGUUCUUUGAAUUACGAGGACCAUCUAUUGGACUUUGAAAGCCAUGUAGAGUGCAGUUGCUCGGAAUGUGGAAAUGAGAACAUUGAAACGUGUACAGAUAAGGAACUUGAAGAUAUGUUAUACUCAAAUGGUAUCGCCCCCGACAAUUUUGUUCUCUCAUCAGGGAGAUGGGAAGUUGGGCAAGACACUCAAGAAGGUGCAAAAAAACUAACAAUUGACAAAGAGUUUGAGCAGUACUUUGGCAUGCUUAUGUUGUGAUGAAAAUCAAUUGUGUGAAUAUUAGUAUGUCCUGCAACAAGGUAACCAACCAAUCUGAAACUGAAUUUUGUACAUCGCCCGAUCCAUGUAUGUAUGCUUUUCUUCUGUUUCAAUUGCUUACUGCUUCUUUCUGGUAUCUGCUCUGCACCUUUUAUAUAUGUAUUUGUUUCUUUCAAAUUUUAGCACUUAAUAAACAAGGGAUGAUUGUGAAA